AUGUCGAAGCGCAAGGCUCCCCUGCGCGCUUUUGAGCCGGCGGAGAGAACGGUGGAGAAGGAGCUCGCCGUUGUGGCGGCUGCCUCUGAGCCCGAGCUGUCCGUCGCUAAGCGCUCGAAGAAAGAGAAGAAGGCGAAGGUGCUGUUGGAGUGUCUCUUGUGCGGUGGUUCCUCCAAGGACCUCGAGUGGGGCGCGCAGGAUGCGGCAGGCCAGCCAGUGGGGCUAGGGUGCGACGUGUGCAUGAAGACGGUGGUAGCCCUGCUUCCCGACCGGGAGUUUGUGGAUGUUGCAGAAGCUGUCAAGAAGGGCGCGACCAAGGGUGCUUCAGACGCUGAUGUCAUGCUGCGGGACAUGGUGUUGGCGGCCAUUGAGCGUUACCGUGAGCAGCAGGACGAGGGGAACCGACCCCUCUUCUCGCCUGCCUCCACUGUCAGCAACAUGACAGGGUAUGGCUACCGGGUCUACUGGGAGGUUUUGCUUUGCUCGGCCUCAGACCUCACAACUCUCAGUGGCAGACCUGCGAAAUCGCUUGGAGCGGCUCCUAUCAAGAUCAAGUUGGAUGGAGAGAACGCUCAGACCUUCUGGCCCUUGAGCAUGCAGGGUCUCUCUGAGGACCAGGUGCGGGGCAUCAAGAGGAUGCAGGUUUACUACGACACGCAGGUUGAGCACGGGGAGUGCUUUCUCAGUCCGGAGCAUCAACUGCACCAGGACCACGGCACAAAGAACUUUGGGUUUUACACCAAGAAACACUUCGCUGCCCGACCUGGGGUGGGAAGAGUGGGAGGGAAGCCCUACAUCUUGAAGAAGCUCAUCCAAGAAGCAGAGAUGCAGGAGGCCAAGAAUGCAGCCACUGUGGCUGCGGUGUCGGCUGCGAGCUCGCGCAAGCAGCCGGAGAAAGGGUCCGACUCGUCUGAAGAAGAGAGCUCAGGCUCAGGCGGUGAGGACAAGGAGCCAGAGACCGCGAAACCCAAAGCAAGGGCGGCGCCUACACCAAGUCUUGGCAGUCUGCGGGGCCCAGACGCCAAAAAAGUGGCCAGGAAGCCCAAAGCAGCUGCUGCGCGGCGUAACAGUCCUUUUGCUAAGAAGCCGCCCAGCAGCUCUGCCGCCAAACCCAGGUCCCUCACAGUGGGGGGCAGCAAGAAAGACCGGGAGUUGGCUGCUCAGCUGGACGACCUGGAACAGCACGACCCCGAGAUGUUCAAGGUCGCAAAGGACCAUCUUCGCAACGCUACAGGUUCAAGUGCCGCCUGCUUGAAGCAGCUGAACGUGAACCACUUCCUGACCAACACGAAGCAGGGUCAGGUGUUGAACGCCGGUAAGAUCCAUGACAAGCUGAUGGAGUACAACCUUGUGGGCGCAGCCAACAUGCUAGCUGAGCGAAAAGCGGUGUGUGAAGCAGCUGGCAUCCUGACGGAUGGUGACGUUGGCGACAUGAAGAUGGACGACCUCCGCAAAGCGCUUGUCUUGUUGCAGGGCGUCAUUGAUGAGUUGCCUUUGAGCAUCUUGCUGAAGGUGACACAGAGGGUGCUGACUGACAAGCUCACGCACCUCGUGAGCCUGCGGGAGAAGGGGGACGAGUUCACGGCUGAGUCUUGCGACUUUGUGACGGCGCUUCUUCCCGUCUCCCCUACGGCUACUCUGUUUGACGUGCACCAUCCUACUUUCCAUGGUUUCGUGGCGAAGCUUGUGGACAGCGACAACAUCAUGGAGGAGCCUGAGGCAUCGGACAGCAACGACGAGGCCGCGGAUGCAAAAACCAAGAAGGACGAGACCCAGUUGCAGGAG